UUUGGGAAUACGCAGAACUAAUGCCACCAAAAAGAGUCUGACGGUAGAUCUGCUGUGUGUUUGUGUGGUGUGACUGUGUGUUGAUGGAGGAGAAACUGUUGGCUUGAAACAGUUGUGAGGUUUAAGUUCUCUGGUCGCAGGAUCGUGUGCGUGCGUGCAUGUGUUUUUUUGUUUUUUUUUUAUGUGUGUGUGUGUCUCAAUUAUCUGAUCCCAUUGUGACUGGGAGGUGCUCAGGGGUGGAGCUCCAGUGAGGGGCACGAAUCUACAGGCUGCAGCCUCUCAAACAUGAGCAAACUGACUUUCCACAAUAACAAGACGAUGCAGGACCGCCGGUGUGUGUGUGUGUUCCUCCCGAAUGAUGAAACACUCAACGUAAUAGUCAGUGUUAAGACUGUGUGUCAGGAGUUGUUGGUGCAGGUCUGUGAUCUGCUUAGAUUGAAGGACUGUCAUCUGUUUGGCCUCAGUGUUAUUCAGAAUAAUGAACAUAUAUAUAUGGAACUGGGACAGAAACUGUCAAAAUAUUGUCCAAAAGAGUGGAAACGGGAAGCCAGCAAGGGAAUUGACCAGUUUGGACCUCCAAUGAUUGUUCACUUCAGAGCACAGUAUUAUGUUGAAAAUGGAAGACUUAUCAGCGAUCGCAUGGCACGGUAUUAUUACUAUUGGCAAUUGCGGAAGCAGGUACUGCAGUCUCAGUGCAUCCAGAGAGAAGAGGCUUAUUUCCUUCUGGCUGCAUUUGCGCUGCAGGCUGACCUGGGAAACUUCAAACGGAACAAACACUUUGGUGCCUAUUUUCAGCCGGAAGCUUAUUUCCCCUCCUGGGUAAUUUCUAAGAGAGGAUGUGACUAUAUUCUCCGUCAUAUUCCAAACAUGCACAAAGAACAGUUUGCCCUUACAGCAUCAGAGGCCCAGCUGAAGUACAUAAAGGAAGCAGCGCUCUUGGACGACGUGACUGUUCAUUAUUAUCGCCUUUACAAGGAUAAGAAAGAGUUAGAGGCCUCUUUAUCUCUGGGACUGACCUUACGUGGGAUUCAGAUCUUCCAGAAUGUGGGAACUGUCAGGCAACUCUUAUAUGAUUUUCCCUGGACCAAUGUGGGAAAACUGGUGUUUGUGGGGAAGAGGUUUGAGAUUCUUCCCGAUGGUUUGCCUUCAGCCAGGAAGCUCAUCUACUACACAGGCUGUCCUCUGCGUUCACGACACCUCCUGCAGCUGCUCAGCAACAGCCACAGAUUGUAUAUGAACCUACAGCCUGUGCUGAAACAAGUUCGACGACUAGAGGAAAAUGAAGAAAAGAAGCAGUACAGGGAGUCUUAUAUCAGUGAUGCUCUGGAGGCGGACAUGGAUCAUUUGGAGCAGCGUUCACGUGCCAGUGGCAGCAGUGCUGGCAGCACGUCACGACCCAAUCCCUUCUCACGACACUCCACCACAAGUCAUGGCAGCUCCCGCACAUCCGGCGUCGACACCGACAGUUUCCGAACCCCUACAAACACACCCCACCGACCGCUGAGAACACACUCGUCUUCCAACACCAGUCAUGCCAGCACACACACGUCUGGCAUCGAGAGCAGCAGCAAGGAGCACUGCCUGGAUGAAGACGAGAUUGAGAUGCUGGUUGAUGAUCCAAAAACUUGUGAAGAUCUUCAUGAUUUAGAACUCAGCCAGGAACUGUGUAUCCACAUUACAGAGGACAUGCUGUCAGCACAGAACAACGGAUGCUCCGGGUUAGUGGUGAAGGAAGUCGGAUCUUCCACAUCCAGCUCAUCAGAGACCAUAGUGAGAAUGAGAGGCCAGAGCAUCGAAUGUCUCCCUCAGACGGCGAUGGGCAGGAAGGGCCAGAGCUCCACAGACCGCCACAGCCAAUCACUUGACGACGUUCGUCUGUUCCAGAGGAACUGUCAGGAGUGGGCGGAGCUUUGCCAGGACACCGCACAUAGCUAUACGUUCGGCUGCGAGCCAGACCUCGGGGACCCGGUCGGCUGUGGGUACCAGGGACUUGCAGAUCAGUGCGCCGGGAUCCGGAUUAACCAGCACACGUUUCCCAUCAAGAGAACCAGCAAGUAUUUCUCUCUGGAUCUGGACAGAGAAGAUCUGACCACAGACCACAUGACCACUGAAGCAGAACCAGAGUUCGUGGUGUAACGCAGAGAGCAUUGAAAAGAGCCCCAGAACAAAUGAGGAAUUACAGGAUGUUAUUAUUGAAGGGAUAGUAAACGGAAAAACAGAAAUUAUGUGAUUUAGUUAGUUACUCUCACUUUGUUACAAAGUUGGCGUACUUUUCUCUGUGGAACACAAAAGGAGAAAUUCAGAUGACUCUGUUGGUUGCAUUUUUCCAGGCUGUUACAAUGAAAAAGAAUGGAAAAGCAUUAUAAAAGUAGUCUUGUGUGCUAUA